AUUUUACAUUUCAAAUAUAUUAUUUAAUAAAAUUAUUAUUUCAAUAAUAAUUAUUCUGAUAAAUAGAAAUUGUAUCACACUAUUAGCAAUAUAAAAGAUCUGUGCGAUGGAUACUGAGAAUUUAGCAAAACAGGUAGAAGAAAUAGAAGCACUUAGUUCAAUAUACGGUGAAGAUUUGAUUAUAGAGAGUGAAGUCAGUAGAUCCUAUAAUAUUAAAGUAAGAGAUAAUAAAAAUGAAGUGAUCUUAUAUGUUACCUUAAAUGAAGGGUAUCCUAGUAAAAAUCCACCAAAGUAUGAACUCUCAGCUCCGUGGAUGGACAGAAAGGCAAAGGAAAAUCUUCAUUAUUGUUUAGAUGAGAUUUAUUUAGAGAAUAUAGGGGAGACAGUUAUAUUCCAAUGGGUUGAAAAAAUAAGGGAAGUCCUACAAACAAUAAAACCAAUAGAACCAAAGAAAGAUGAGAAAAAUUGUGUAGAAAAAACAUUAGAUUUUUCACAGCUAGAAAUUAACUGUCCAGAUAUCACCCAUGGAGAAGUGAUCAUUGAUAGGAAAAGUUCAUUCCAAGGUCACGCAGCUGAAGUUCAUAGUGCAGAUGAUGUAAGUGCAGUGUUAGCCAAACUUAAACAGAAUAAAAAAAUAUUAAAUGCAACACACAACAUGUAUGCAUACAGGAUAGAAAAAAAAACAGAUAAGGGAACAACAAUGCUACAAGACUGUGAUGACGAUGGAGAGGCCCAUGCAGGUGGCAGGAUGCUACAUUUGUUGCAGAUACUGGACCAGAAGAAUACAUUAGUGGUUGUAUCUAGAUGGUAUGGUGGUAUACAAUUAGGUCCAGAUAGAUUCCGUCAUAUCAACAACGCAACUCGGCAAGUCAUUCAGCAAGCUGGACUAUUAAAGAAAUGACAGAAGUAGUGCUACAAAUGAUAAAAGGCUAUAAGAUAAAGCUACAGGGAAGAGAUAAUAACAAAAAUUUUAAAUGAUAAUGUUAUAAUCAUAACAUUGUAUUGUAAUUGGGAUUUUUUAUUUUUUAAAAAAGACAAUUUUUUUUUUAGUAUCUUAACAUUGUACAUAAAAAAUAUAUAACUUAAAACUGC